AUGUUUAUUGGCUGGGCAUUCCCACCCCUUGUUUCUACCAAUGAUGAUAAAAGUCUGCCAUCUGAGCUGAUACCUCUGAGAGUUGUAGGACCAUCUGUCAGGAAUGGAUCCUUGGGGACUCACCUCUACUGCCCUACUGACUUGUGUUCUUUUGCUGAUCUUUUUGUCUAUAUGGAGACAAGGAUUCAAAAGGAGGAAGCUUCCCCAGGUCCCAUUCCUCUUCCCAUUAUUGGCAACAUCCUGCAAUUGGAUUUGAAGAACAUGCCUGAAUCGUUAUCUAAGCUGGCUGAAAAAUAUGGCCCCAUCUAUACUCUUCAUAUUGGAACCCGGCGUGUUGUGGUGCUACAUGGAUAUAACAUUAUGAAGGAAGCUCUAAUUGAUCAUGGAGAUAAUUUUAUGGAUAGAGGAAUCUUACCAAUGUUUGGAGAUGUAGCCAAAGGACAUGGUAAGUUUAGUUUUCUGAAAAGAGUCACAGAAAAGCAAAAUGUAUGGCAAAGUAUCUCCAGUAGAACGUCCUCCUCUGGAACAUAGUUACUGGUUUCAUUU